CCAUGGCCAUAGCCGUGCCCCGUCCGCAGUUGGAAUAGACCCACAAUAGGCCUAGCCCUAGCCACUCAGAUGGUUUUUUUCAGCGGAGAAGAUGGCGGACGAAGUCACUAAAGCUCAAACAGCCCAGCCGAGUGGCGAUACCAUUUUCGGCAAGAUUGUAAGGGGAGAAAUCAACAGUGACAUAAUAUACGAAGAUGAGCAGUGUAUAGCUAUUAGAGACAUUGCACCGGUCGCACGUGCUCAUUUUCUGGUGAUACCCCGGAAGCCAAUCACUCAGCUGUCCAAGGCAGAGAAAGCAGACACAGAGCUCCUAGGAUGCCUACUUCUGGCUGCCAAUAAUGUAGCCAAACAACAAGGUCUGACCGAAGGCUUCCGCGUGGUCAUCAACGAUGGUGUACACGGCGCACAGAGUGUGUACCAUUUGCACCUGCACGUCAUUGGCGGCCAACAGCUGGGCUGGCCUCCUUGCUAAGCGUAGUCCGAUAUUCCGGUUCAACUCGAGGGGGCCUUCUGCCAAAGAGGUGCCACGCACGUAAUACUUCUAAGCAAAUUUGUCACUGUCUUCUUGAACUCACCCACGAGUGCUGUUUGGGUAUACUUUGUGAAAACUGUACACUUGUAUAUUGUGGCUGCACUAACAGACAUCAAGGUAGACUGGUAUGCAGCACUUAGAGUGUAAGUUAGAGAGGUAGUCAUCACAAAGUGAUGCCCAAGCAUUUUGUGGAUAUGUUUGACCCAGCACAUCGAAAUCAGGAAUAAGUCUCAAAUUGACCUUUUGAAAUAUGUACAUGCAAUAUUGAAAUAUGUAGCCUGCAAGUGACUUAUCAUGUUUCAUCAGAUCCUAACUUGAGAACCAAAGAAGCAAUACAGUUGUAAAAUGUACCAUGUGAAAGCUUAUGAAAUUCUCUUUCUGACCAUGUACACAUCUCAAAAAAUCCAUUUGAGACUUAUUCCAUAUUUUGAUGUGCGGUGUCACAUAUGUAAUUCAGAAAACAAUGCUAUAAAAGGUCCAACACCAAUUCCCUCUAUCCGUAUUCUUACAGAAGAGGGUUAAAUUCAACAAAAACCUUGCAUGAAAUAGGAAACUAAGAAAAGUUUUAGUUCGUAAAAACAAAAUUGUCCCGAGCAUGCACGCAGGUACCUCAGUGUGUGUCAGUUCUUGAAAAUGAAAGUCACGAGGUGCGUAUUGAAGUACUACUCUGUCAGUGAUAUUUUUAUUAGGGAUACUGUUGGUAUAAGAAGUGUUAACUGCUGAGAUUUGUCUCGUCUUUCAUUUGUAGCUGAGAUCAACUAGACAGAUACUAUAGAGUACUGAAGUGAAUACGUCACGCGCACAAUUAGUGUGUAAAAGGCAUAAUAAGCGCAUGAACCAGCGCAUGA